AAUAGUGUUUAGACUUUAGACGUUUUCGACGGAUGACCAAAAAUCCCAAAUAAAUUAUUGGACAUAAAUUUGUAAACUGUAAAAUAUAUCUACUUGUCCGGUCUCGGUUAAAUUAAAUAUUUGAUACGGAAUAGAAAUGAACAUUGUAUAAAUCUGAGUGAAACUAUAAACAAUUAACUUAAAGAUCUUAUUAAAUUGGGACGUAAGCCAUUAGCGUUUAGCUACGUAUUGAAAAUGAAACGCACCUAUGAUUCCAUGAGUUCUUCAAUUGAAAUAAGUUCCUAUCGUGAUCAGCAUUUUAAGGGUUCUAGAAACGAACAAGAAAAAUUACUAAAAGCGUCGUCGACGCUAUAUAUAGGCAAUUUAUCAUUUUAUACAACUGAAGAACAAAUUUACGAAUUAUUCUCAAAAUGUGGUGACUUACGACGUGUCAUUAUGGGUUUAGACAAAUAUAAAAAGACACCUUGUGGUUUUUGUUUUGUUGAAUACUAUGCUAGACCAGAUUCUGAAAAUUGUAUGAGAUACAUAAAUGGAACUAGACUAGAUGAUAGAAUUAUCAGAUGCGAUUGGGAUGCAGGCUUUAUUGAAGGUAGACAAUAUGGAAGAGGAAAAACUGGUGGACAGGUCCGUGAUGAGUAUCGUACAGAUUAUGAUGGUGGACGCGGUGGCUAUGGAAAGAUAAUUGCCCAGAAAGUAACUCCAAAUACAUUAGAACGUUGAGUGAAAUUAUAGUAUAUGGAUGAAAGACUGUAUUUAUAAAAAACAAAUUCAAGUGAAUGUUUUUAGGAUUAAUAAAGUAUUUUUUAUAAAGCCAA